CUCGGGCUCGCUCAUGGAUGGCGAGGAGACAGUCGGAAACAGUCGAAGAGGAAUAACUAAAUAGGACAAAGACGCAAUCAAUGAAUGACACAAGAUGGCCCCCAAGAAGAGAAACGAUGAAACUAUUGAUCUUGAAGAUGUUGGCAUGGAGGUGGAUGCUGUCGUCGACGGUGGAAGUGAGGAAGAGGCCAGGCGAAGAAUUAAAAACAGAAGAGCCAAACCUCAGCGUAAAGCCAAGCGGUACAGUAAUGAAGAGGAAGACGAGGAAGAAGAGGACGAGGCGCCGAGGAAGAGAGGAAGAAAGAAGAAAGCUCAGUGCCGGGACAGCGAUGAAGAUGAUGAUAAUAAUGAUGAUGAUGAUGAUGAUGAUGACAGAAGUGUGAAAAGCAAACGCUCCAAAGCUUCCAGGAAGAAAGCAGCGAGGGAUGACAGCGAGGAUGAGCGUGAAGAGGACCGCGAGAGGAAGAAAAAGGCAGCGAAAAAGGACAAAGAGGAGCAAGAGAAGAAGGGAAAUGAUAAAGGGGGUGAGAAGGACAAAAAGAAGAGGGGCAAGUUGAGCAGCUCUUCCUCCUCCUCCUCCUCCUCCGACUCUGACGAAGAAUCUCUGUCUGAAGGAGAGAUGGCAGCCCUGAAGGAAGACGUGGAGGAGAAGAAGAAACUGAUUGCCACAUUAAGGAAUAAACCUUGGCGUAUGAAGAAGAGGCUCGUUUUGCUCAAGGAGGCACAAGAAUUCCUUGAAAGGUUUGAAGGAGCUCUCGGGAAAGGAAAGGGGAAGAAACUGUACGCAUUCAAAGUCAUGAUGACGAAGAAAUUCAUCAAGUUCAAACGCGACUUUGACAACUUCAAAACGGCCUGUGUACCCUGGGAGAAGAAGAUCAAGGAAGUCGAAAGUCACUUUGGGUCCUCUGUGGCGUCCUACUUCAUAUUUUUGAGGUGGAUGUAUGGACUGAACCUGGUCCUGUUUGGGUUCAUGUUUGGUUUGGUGGUCCUGCCCGAGAUUCUCACGGGUCUUCCAUACGGCUCCAUUCCCAGGAAAACUGUACCCCGAGAGGAGCAGGCGAAAGCCAUGGACUUCUCGGUCCUCUUCGAUUUUGGUGGUUACUGCAAAUAUUCUUUUUUAUUCUAUGGAUACUAUGACCACCAGCGAACCAUUGGCGUGCUGCAAUUCAGACUUCCGUUGUCUUACUUGCUGGUUGGCGUCGGCAUCUUUGGAUACAGCUUGAUGGUUGUCAUUAGAACGAUGGCCCGAAACUCCAAUGAAGGAGGCGACGGUGCCGAAGAGGGCGAGUUCACCUUCGCCUGGAAGAUGUUCACCAGCUGGGACUACCUGAUUGGAAACCCAGAGACAGCAGACAAUAAGUAUGCGUCCAUUACCACCAGCUUCAAGGAAUCCAUUGUCGAUGAACAGGAGAACCAGAAGGACGAGAACAUCCACCUUCGUCGCUUCCUGAGGGUCCUUGCCAACGCUCUGAUCCUGUGCAGCCUCGGAGGCAGUGGUUACCUUAUUUACUUUGUGGUGAAGCGCUCCCAGGAAUUUGCUGACAUGGAUAAUGACGAGCUCUCCUGGUUUGAAAAGAAUGAGGUGGAGUUGGUGAUGUCUUUGCUGGGCUUGGUGUGUCCUCCUCUUUUUGAAACUAUCGCUGAACUGGAGGACUAUCACCCUCGAAUUGCACUCAAGUGGCAACUGGGACGCAUCUUUGCACUCUUCUUGGGAAACCUUUACACCUUCCUUUUUGCCCUUUUUGAUGAGGUCACUGCAAAAUUAGAGAGGGAGAAGGCGAUCAAGAACGCCAGUGAAUGGGCAUUGAACGAGUACCGCAGCAACUACAGCAGCUACUUCAACACCACAGAUGUGCCUCCUCCUGACGUCCACCCGGCCGAUGUCAUCAGGGGCCCCUGCUGGGAGACCGCGGUCGGCAUAGAAUUUGUGAAGCUGAUAGUGUCCGACAUGCAAGUCAACUACUUGACCAUCCUGAUCGGGGACUUCCUGCGAGCUGUCAUUGUCCGCUUCCUCAACUACUGUUGGUGCUGGGACCUGGAGGCCGGAUUUCCCUCAUAUGGAGAGUUUGACAUCAGCGGAAAUGUGCUGGGCCUCAUCUUCAAUCAAGGAAUGAUAUGGAUGGGAGCCUUUUAUGCUCCAGGGCUGGUGGGUCUGAACGUAUUGCGUCUGCUGUGUUCGAUGUACUACCAGCGUUGGGCUGUGAUGGCCUGUAAUGUUCCUCACGAGCGAGUCUUCAAGGCCUCGCGCUCCAACAACUUCUACAUGGGUCUGCUGCUGCUUGUGCUCUUCCUCAGCCUGCUGCCAGUGGUCUACACCAUCAUGACUCUGUCGCCGUCCUUUGACUGUGGGCCAUUCAGUGGCCAAGAGAAGAUGUAUGAUGUCGUCAUGGAGACUAUAGAACAGGAUCUUCCUUCCUUCAUUGGGAACAUAUUCACGUACGCCACCAACCCUGGACUCAUCACGCCAGCUGUACUUCUUAUGGUCCUGGCCAUAUAUUAUCUGAAUGCAGUGUCAAAGGGAUACCAACAAGCAAACGCAGAUCUUAAAAAGAAGAUGCAAAUGGCUCGGGAUGAGGAGAAGAAUCGCAGGAACAACAAGGACAGCACUAACCAAGUCAUGAAAGACCUGGAAGACUUGCUGCCGGACAAAUCUUUGAUACCACUUCCGCCUCCACCUGAAGUUGUCAUCGAGAAGGGCAGCAAGUCUCCCAAAAUGAAGCCCGGUGCAGCAGCCAAUGGGAAAGGAGUUAACCUGCAGAAAGAUGUCUCAUUGGCUGCUUCCAAUCCCAGGGGUGCGGUGACACGGGCCCCUGGACCAAGAGGUCGACCUCCUGGAAAUGCCCGAGGGCCUCAACCUGGACUAGGCAGGGGCAGAGGUCGAGGCAGGCCUCCAAGGCAAUAGAGGUCAAAAUCCAGGUCUACUGAAAGACCUAACACACUGAUUACGACCAUGUCAAAUUUCAAGUCCACAAAUUCUAUCUACACAGCAACAAACCGAUAUUUCUCGUGUCUGUGUAGAUUCCUAGUCACCCAGGUCAUGCUAACCUGCAAACGUUCCAUCAAGGCAAUUGGACUCUUCUUGUUUGUUGAAGACGUUUCACUUUGAAUCCAAGAGGCUUCUUUUAGAUUCUCCUUUUACAAACUUUUAGAACUGAAGAAGCCUUUUGGAUUGAAGAUGAAACUUCUUCAACAAACAAGAACAGUCCAGUUGCCUUGAUUUAACCUUUGCAGAUAUCCCUUGUUUUUACUACUAAAGUCAAAAUAGGGUUAACUGGUCCAAAUAUGUUGGCAUAUGUACUGAUUUCAUUUGGAAAUAUGUGUAAAUAGUAUUUAAAUGUAUUUCUAUUUUUAUAUGGCAUCUAUUAAAGUAUGUCUUUGUGGCG